GCACACCCGCGCGCGCACACACACACGCACACACAUCCAUCCCCAGACCAGGAGGAGGAGAGAGUGUGGGGGGGGGGGAGAAGAGGAGAGCUGAUGUCUAAGGGAGUCGCUCGGUGGAGGCAAAGCAGGCAGGCUUUCAACUUCUCCUCACUGCUGCUCAGCGCCAAGCGAGAUCGCUGGAAAGCGGCGGAGCUUCACGGAGCAGGACCCUUCCCAUGGCCAGCCUGCGGCGGGGGAUUUGACGCCGUUCACUUGAAGCCACUUGACCAUCCCCCGCCGCCACCUCACUCAGCGAUGUCUUAUUCCCCGCUCUCCGCCUGCACUUGCCUAUGGUUACAUUACCUGCUGCUCUGCAUCCAAGUCCAGAUGUUUGUUGCUGAAGAAAAUGUGGAUUUUCGGAUACAUGUGGAAAAUCAGACACGAGCACGAGACGAUGUCAGCAGGAAGCAGCUCAGACUUUAUCAGCUGUACAGCCGAACCAGUGGGAAGCAUAUCCAGGUGCUAGGAAGGCGGAUCAGUGCCCAAGGAGAAGAUGGAGACAAAUAUGCCCAGCUUCUAGUGGAAACAGACACAUUUGGCAGUCAAGUCCGGAUCAAAGGGAAAGAGACAGACUUUUACCUUUGUAUGAACAGGAAAGGAAAGCUAGUAGGGAAGCCAGAUGGCACCAGCAAAGAAUGUGUCUUCAUUGAAAAAGUCUUGGAGAACAACUACACGGCUUUGAUGUCAGCAAAGUACUCAGGCUGGUAUGUUGGAUUCACCAAAAAAGGGAGGCCCCGGAAAGGGCCCAAGACCCGGGAGAACCAGCAAGAUGUCCACUUUAUGAAACGAUAUCCAAAGGGACAAGUGGACUUACAGAAACCUUUCAAGUAUACCACAGUGACGAAGAGGACUAGGAGAAUACGACCAACCAACCCCAGUUAAAAGACCAAGGCAGUGUCUUACAAAUAAACUACAAGAAUAAACUGUACCAGAGAAAUAUUUUUACACUAAAAAUAAGGGAGAAGCUCUAUUUUUGUACAUUGUUUUUUUUUAAUUUUUUUUUUUAAAGACUGGGUUGAAAAUAGAAAUCCACUGGGGAAGCUGUAAAAGAUUUAUUGUAACUUGAAGAAGAAGAAAAAAAAUGAAUGGCUCUAUUUAAAUUGACUUUUUUGUGCUGUGGAUUGACAUACAGGUGCUUUAUUUCUCAUUGGGAAUGGACGACGUUUGGAAUGGACAACAUAUUCAAGCCAAUCCCUAGAGGGGAAAAAGUUCAUGUUAUAAUAAUAAUAAUAAUUAAUAAUAAUACUAAAAAACCAAAACCACAAAACCAAAGAAAGCCAAAGUUCUCUCCCCCCCCCUCCCCGGUCCAACCCCUGAAAAUCCUUGGAUAAUUCUCUGGUGUUGCAGCCCUUGGUUACUUUGCCUCUUCAGGCUAGGCUGAGAUAUGAAAAUCUGCUGAUCUAACAUGGGGCUUCCCUGGAGGGCUCAGUACCUCAAUCCUUUGUAAUGUUUCCAAUGACAUAAGGUGUCACGACUCUGUGAUCCUGCAUUGUUCUGUUCACUUCUGGAGAAUGCUGCUAAUGACCUUCAAGUGACUAAGUAAAAUAACCUAAUACACCAAUGAUAAGGGAGUAUUUUAAAAACCAGCUCUAUUAUAUAUAUAUAUGAAUGCAUGUAUUAUAUUUAUGCACAUAAAUGUAAUACAUAUAUUUAUAUAUAUAAAUAUAUAUGUAUUAUAUUAUAAAGCUAUUUAUUUCAUUUCUCUGUAUAUUGCAGUUCCAUGAACCAGGUAUUACUGCCUCAGCAAUUAAAAAUUAUUUAAAACACAUAGACGUAUUACUGCUGUUCGUACAUUCCCCUCUCCCCCAGCUUUUCGCCAAACUACACUGAGAUCCUUAAGCUUGUUACCAGAACUUGGACUCAGUGAGAAUUUAGAGAUCAGUAAUAGAAUUUAUGUGCCAGGACAGGAAAUAAUUGUUUCUCCUUUGUUAAUGCUAGUCCUCCAUCUCUUCCCAUUCCACUGUGUUGACUUCCUGCAAAAGGCUCAGCCUUGUCCAAGUGCGGGCAGAGUUUUGAAAUGCGGUGUGCAAAGGAUUUCUUCUUGCUGUGUUCUCUUGCCCAUUGUGUUCUACUGGGACCAAGAUGACUUGGGGACCACCUGUUAUUAAGUGCUUAGUGGGGAUAUUGGGAUCCCCUUACUGAUACGCCCCCAGUGUGUCCUCUCCACAACGCAAGGUGACCUUCCUGCUCUUAGUCAGCCAAAGGCUUCUGGCUUUUCUAUCCAAACUGGAACAAAUCAAGGUCUGAAGACACUGCUAGAGCUGGAGCACACUGGAAGUAGUCCUCUACCUGGGACAGGAGCAAGAGGACAGAGAGAUAAAGUGGCAAGGCCUGGGGAGCUAGUGUGCUUACCUACAGAAGAUUAUGUACUUUUUUUUUAAAAAAAAUGCACUCUUAGUCAAAAGCCUUUUAAAAUAAACUUUAUUUUCCUUAAAUAAGAAAAA